UUUUUCUGCUUUCUAUUACUUUUAUCUAACAAUAUUUGCAUAUCUCCUUUGGGUUUGCAUGAUUUGCAAUAUUGACUCUUACAGGCAGUCUGAGUCAGAGUUUAUCGAAGAAAUUGUUGAAAAGAUAUCUCAAGAAUUGAAUGAUACAAACAUAAGUGGUAAUUAUAAGAAUGGCCUUGUUGGAAUUGACUCUCGUGUUGCGGAAAUUAUGGAGUAUAUGGAUAUGGCGUCGGAUGAUGUUCGCUUUAUAGGGAUAUGUGGGAUGAGUGGAAUCGGCAAGACAACUCUUGCACAAGAAGUUUUUGAAAGCGUCCGUCGCCAAUUUCAAGCUAGAAGCUUUCUCAGUGAUGUCAAAAGACGUGAUUUACGGGAUUUACAAGAUCAACUCCUUCAGGAUAUGAAGUUGAAAAAAAGUGCAAUGCCAAUCAGAUGGGAUGGCAUCAGAGCGACAAGUAACAAAAAGGUUGUUAUUGUUCUUGAUGAUGCGGAUGAAGAAAAGUUGGGAAAAUUAGCAGGUUUCCAUGACUGGUUUGGCCCAGGGAGUAGAAUCAUCAUAACUACUGAAGAUAAGGGUUUGUUGCGGAGGAAAUAUGGGCAGGAAAAUGUAUACGAUGCUAAAAAAUUGAAUUCAUCUGAUGCUCUGCAGCUCUUUAGUCAAGAAGCUUUUGGCAAACCCCAAUGUGAAGAAUAUUUAUUGGAUAUAUGCAAUGGUUUUGUAAGUUAUGUUAACGGCCAUCCUCUAGCUCUUAAAAUUCUGGGUUCCUCCAUGCAUGAUAUAUCAGAAAAAGAUCUAUGGAAAGCUGAGCUGGAAAGACUAAGAGUAAGUGCUGAACUUCCUGACGAUGACAGAAUUCAAAAAGCACUUAGAAUCAGUUACACUGGAUUGAGUACUCCAAAGAAAAAACUAUUUUUAGACGUUGCAUGUUUCUUCAAUGGGGAGGACAAAAAUCGAAUAGCAAAUAUACUAGAAGAUUCUGGUUGCAUCCCGGAGAUUGAUAUAAAGGCUCUUAUUAACAAAUCUCUCAUUACUAUUUUAGGAAGAAAAUUGUGGAUGCAUAAUUUACUUCAACAAAUGGGUUGGGAAAUUGUCAAUCAGGAAUGCAUGGAAAGACCCGGAGAGCGCAGUAGAUUGUGGCUUUGUGAGGAUGUCCUUGAAGUAUUAAACAAUGGUAAAGGAACAGAUUCAAUUGAAGGCAUACUACUAAAUGCACCUUCUCAAAAAGAAGUACGCUUGAAUGCUGACGCCUUCUCAAAGAUGAAAAAGCUAAGAUUGCUUAAAAUUUGUACUCAUCUACACCUUCCUCAAGGCCUCAACUAUCUUUCUAAUGAGUUACGUCUGAUGGAAUGGCAUGAAUAUCCUCUGAAAUCCCUUCCGACGAGUUUUCAACCAGAGAAACUUGUUGAACUCGUUAUGCAUCGCAGCCACAUCAAGCAACUACCCAAUGGAUUUAGUAACUUAGGCAGGCUAAAAGUCAUGGACCUUAGUGACUCGCAAAACUUAAUCAAGACUCCCAACUUCACUGGACUUCCAAAUCUUGAGAGGGUCAUUUUUCAAGGUUGCACAAGAUUGUAUAAGGUUCACCCAUCUCUUGGAGUUCUCAAGCGGCUUACUCUAUUAAAUCUGAAAGAUUGCAAAUAUCUUAAUAGCCUUCCACAGGAAAUCAAUUUGGAAUCUCUUGAAACUUUGAUCUUAUCUGGCUGUUCAAGACUCAAAAAGUUUCCAGAUAUCGGAACAAGUAUGACAAGUUUGUCGAAGCUUUAUUUGGAUGGGACUGCCAUAGAGGAACUGCCAUUAUCAAUUGAGUAUCUAACUGGCCUGACUUUAUUGAAUCUUCAAGACUGCAAGAAUUUAUCAAGUUUUCCGAGUGUCAUUGGUAGUUUGACAUCUCUUAAAACUCUCAUUCUGUCCGGAUUGAGGUUCGCCCACAUAAACCAUGGCAUUCCUUGGGCCUCUCACCCAUUCUAUCCUCAGUUGGUGCGGCUACACUUGCUUUAUGGGCAGAUUUUUCCUUGGGCCUCUCCCCCAUUUUAUCGGCAAUUGUUGCGACCACACUAAUUGG